AUGCGGGAGAACAAAUUACACGCAAACUUGAAGGAGUGUGUUUCUGCGCUCUGGAAAUCUUCGGUGCUGGGAUGCUAUGUAAGAAAAUUGGGUGUUCUGGCCGAUCCACAAAAGAUAUCGUCUAUCUGUUCGUGGCCCACUUCGAAGAACCCACUGAGUUGCGUCAAUGGCUCGGACUGGCAAAUUACUUGCAUGAGUAUACGAAAGAUUGUGCUACGUAUCCUUGGCCCGAAGGGCGUGGAGUACCUCAUCGCCCAAGGCGAGGAAGAGGGUAACAAGCGUAUUCACAUGCUAAGAAUAUAA